AUGAAUGGCUCGCUUCGCCUGAUGGUUGUUUUGUCGGUGAUCGCGGCUGAAGCGGGGAUGUCGUUGAGCGUGAGGGCAUUCGAGGAACUGACUUCGGCCUCAAUCUCUGAUGACGGGCUAGUCUCGACGAGGAUGCGUCCAAACUACAACGUGGUUACCGGGUAUCCGACCAAAACCUCAGACUGGCAGCGUUCAUACUUCUACGUGAAGUCGAAUAGGUCGGCAUUUGAGGAACCGCCGAGAUCUAGCUGUCGUGUUUUUUGGAAUGCGGAGAUGGUUGGUCACCCGAAUAUUGCCACCUACCCCGAGGAUUGGAAGACAAGUGCCCGAACCGUUGCGCUGCAGAAACAAGAUUAUUGGGAGAAUUUUACUCGGGAUAGGACUUGCAGAUCUAUUGAUCGAAUCGCCAACAGGGAUUGGAUCUCGGACUCACUCCCUCUUGUUAAUCAGUCGACGACGAAGAGAUUGUCGCUUUUUACUCGAGCCGAGCAGAAAGAAAUUAAUCGAGCUAGAUCCAUGAAGCAAUUACCAGAUCUCAGUCUCAUCGUGGCCGGGAAGUUAGGUACCCAAAAGGGGACUUCUGGGGGUAAGGUUGGUACUUCGGGGCCGGAGACUACUGACACUGUUCCUGUUACCGCCGAGCAAGCACCUACCGGCGGAUUUCAUUGUUAAUGUACUCAAGAUGUAAUCCCAAACAAAACUU